AUGCGUAGAUCGCUAAUUCCGGUAUUUACAGAACCAUUUCAACCGGUAUUGCCAACGGCAAGGUUUAUUCCUACGGUUGAACGCGAAUCGAUAGACUUGGAUAAAACGUUAGUCAUAUACAACGAAGAGCUACUGUCAAUGGCAGGAAUACUUACUCGCGUCUUAGCUCCAGGAUUGAAAAGAAGUGCAACCGGCACGCAAACUUUUACCUUUCGUCCAAGUACACCUAAAAACCACGUGGGCAUCAUAAUGGAAAAGAUGUUUUUUACCUGCUCCAACAAACCUCUGUCUGUCCCCGUUAUUCCAAAGAAUGUGCUGAACGAUUGCAGAAGUUUCUUUUAUAAGGCCAAGGAACGAAUGGUGAUAAAAGAGAUCACGUUGGAAGGCGUGUUGAACGUGGAACUGCAGGAGAGAGCAUUGACCGAAACAGAAACGACAGCGUUAAUGAAAUGGUGGCCAAGUGUCGGAUAUGAAAAGAUCGCAAUUUCUGCUCCAGGCUACGACUACUGUUAA